AUGCAAGACCUUAUCAUCUAUAACUUCUUUAAAGAAACUGCACCAACAUCAUAUGUUUUGGGCAGUUUUAUGGCAGAUAUUGUCAUAUUAAUGUGGAGCUUAAUGAAAAUUAGCAAUUACAAUACUACAAACUUGCGCUUUAAAAAUUUUUGCAUUGAGUUAAUAUUGAACCUAAAAAUUUCAAAAGAGACUGUCUUCAUCGCUAUUAAAUAUGUACAAAAGUACAUGAAAAGAGGGAACACAGCAAACUUUAAAGACGAAUAUCAACUUUUUACGAUCGCUUUAAUGUUGGCACACAAAUGGCAUAACGAACCAGUUUAUAAGAAUAAAACUUGGUCGGAUUUAACUCAUAUCCCUCUCAACGAAAUUAAUAAGUUGAAAAUCGCAUUUAUAGAAUCUUUGAAUUAUAAGAUUCAUAUUGGAGGGGACAAAUAUACUUUUUGGUUAAAAUGUUUGACGGAAUAUGCUAGGACGGGAAAACUCAUUUCACUAUUUGUUGAACGGGUCAAUAAAAACUCCUCUCGAUCUCCUCCACCACCACCAGGUUUCGGUUUUGCUAUAAAAUCAAAAAUUAUUCCUACUCCAAUAGGAUAUGGGCGAAAUCAAUAUAGAUUAUAUAAUUUAUAUGAUGGAAUAGAAUUUGAUUUUUUUAAACGAACCCAAUAUAGAUUAUAUGAUUUAUACAAUGGAUUUAAACUUGAUUUCUUUAAUUAA